GGCUUCCGUUCUGGAUACCAUUUCCCCGUCUACCUCCUACACCAGAUUUUUCCCUUUAACUUUGGUUAAGUUUGUGUCUAUAAAACACAGUGCCUUUGUGUAGCCUUGUUUGUUUUUAUUUCUGAAGCCAGCACAAUGUUCACCACUACCGGGUCCAGAGGGCUGUACAAAGCCCCAGUGUCUAAGAGCCUGCUGCUGCUUCCCACUGCCUUUACCGUGCUGCUGCUUGUGGCUCUGCCUCAGUACCACAAGAUGUUCGUCUACAGUUUGCAGGCUAUCACACAACACAGACAGUUGUGGAGGCUGCUGUGUGGGAGACUAAUCUGUCUGGAUGUAAAGGACACGUUCUGCAGCAGUCUGCUCAUCUACAACUUCCGCAUAUUUGAGAGGAGGUUCGGCAGUCGCAAAUUCGCUUCCUUCCUGUUUGGAACCUGGGUUCUGUCUGGAUUUCUGGACUUCCUGUUGGCCAAGGUUGUUCACUUCCUGUUUGAGCUGCAGGUGGACGUGCUGCCGGCCGGACUACUGGGUCCAGUCUUUGCCCUCUUUGUGCCUUUCUUCUGUUCCAUCCCUCGUGUUCAGGUCACACAGUUGCUGCGCUACUUCUCGAUCAGCAACAAGUCUCUUGUGUACAUCGUGGGCCUGCAGCUGUUGACCUCCAGCACUUACAUGUGGGUUGUAGCUUUUAGCGGAUUGGUCUCAGGCAUGCUGUACUACAGUAACAUGUUGAAUCUCCAGCGGUUCCUGUGUGUUCCGCGGUUUUUGGCACGCUGCAGCUGUAAGUUCCUGGAGCCCAUGUUCUCAAGCACAGAGCCACGUGCUGAGGCUCCAGUGGGGAUGGGAGCCACGUUGGACAUCCAGCGACAGCAGCGUAUGGACAUGCUGGACCAACAGCUACUGCUCUCACAGCUCGCCCAGCUCAGAAGAAACCCCCAGCAGCCACCACCACAGCAGCAAGGUGGACUCUUCAACCGAUUCUUUCCAGGUUUGCGACAAAGAGGUCAAAACUUUAAUCACGUGCAGCCGCAGACACCAGCGGACACACCAGUGGCUGAGGAACAGGUGGCAAGGCUUAUGGAGAUGGGGUUCUCCAGAGUGGAUGCUCAGGAAGCUCUCAGAGCAUCCAACAACGACAUCAACAUGGCCACCAACUUCCUGCUUCAGCACUGAGGCCGAGCAUCACAGGGCGAAGCAGAGGGCGAAGGAGACCGAAACUGAGCUGCAGCGACUGGAAAACACGACGUACAGACCACCAUGUUGGAAGACUGGAAAAGUAAAGGACUCUCUAGAGCUUGUGCUGUCACUUCCUCUCAAACUGCUCUGUGAUUGGGUCCUGAGGAGCUGCUGAAGCUGCUGCUGCUGCUGCUGCUGCUAAUGUUUCCUACCCACGUCAGCAGAAUAGAGCCAAGAUGGUGGCGGGGGACAAGCGCAGUAUUCUCUCAGGGCUUGUGUUCUCUGGCCUCGUCGUCCCUCUACAACCUCAGCACUGCACAUUCUGAUUAAUAAGCCCACUUGGUGGUGCUGUUGCUGAUGAUGAUGAUGAUGAUGAUGAUGAUGAUUAUAUGAAAGCUCUGUGAUUGAAGAGUCUUAAAAGGAAAUCAAGGCCUAAAAGACUCGUAUUUAGAAAUAGAUCUGGACUAAUGGAAUAUAAUAAUCUAGCAAAAACUUUAUUUUCACAAUAUUUCCUUCGCCAUGUUUCUUAGUUUUGGUCAGAAGGCUAUUAUAGAUACGUAAUAGAAGUCACCUAAAAUCUUUUCUGUAAAUAUCUGCCUAUUCAUUCAGGACAUAGAAACUUGGAGUCACCUUCAUUCUAUAACAGGUAUAACAGGCUGUGCAUAUUUUCUGUUCCCUGGAUGAUACCCUCAAGCUUACAACAUUUAUACCUUUAUAAUGUACAGUAUCUUUAACCCAGUAAAGUGUGUAAUGUAUCAAUUUUUCCAAAAAAAAAAACAUGAGUACAAAUUAUAUUAAAGGUACAAAGGUGAAACCUGUAUAAUCACGAACAAGACCAGAAUCUCAUGCAAAUUUCUAUUGUUCAGAGUAAUCUGGGGAAAAAACACGUUUCCACUCCUGUAUUUAUAUCGAACAACAGCUUCCAGCAAAGAGAAUUAAAGGUAACGUGUUUUUUUCUGAGAUACGUGACGUAUCUACUGUGAUGUAGAUACAGUAGACUGAGAAUAAGACACUCAGAGCCAAGCGCUAUCUGCCCUCUUCCACAUACAUGAGCUUACAGAUGCCCACUCUUCUAUUGCGCCACUCGUUCUCCCCAAAUCCGCACCUCCCAAAGGUUGAAGAAAGACAUAAAAGCCGGUGGUUGUUACGAUUAUAUAGCAGUAUAGUAAACGUAAUUCUAGGUGAUCGAUAUUGUUUGAAGCAUGUACAGUGCAUGGGUUUGUAUUUAUGGAAAUGAUCUUGGGUGACAAAUCUUAAUUAUUUGCUAAAUUAUCCUCAUAGCUUCAGGUCAAUAAAUAAAUAAAUAAAUAAAACAAGCAGAUAUUAAAUAUGUUUUAAUUGUGUUAAAUAUAAGGAAAUUGUGUAACAUUUUGAUUUUUCACCAAACAGUCCCUGGCUCUCAAUUUGUGAAACCUUGAAAACAACGUAUAAUCUCUAAAAUUUAAACCUUUUGAUAUAUAUAUAUAUAUAUAUAUAAUUUUUUGACAUAACCAGCUAUUUUAGCAUGUAAUUAUUUAUUAUUAAUUAAUAAUAAUUUAAAAAGGUAGGAUUAUAAACUAUAUGAACGUACGAGGACUAAAACGUACACAAUAUUCCAUUCAAACAAAUGCAGUCGAUCACCAGAGACAUAUGUUUCCUGAUCUUCAUGUCGCGAGACUUGCUAACAAAAAAAUACAAAUCUGUCUCAUCCAAAAUCUCUUUCUUCUUGAGAAAUGUCAGCUAUACUGAGCGGAAUCGCCCUUUUCUUAAAAUAAUACCAUCAUUUUGCCUCCUAGGUGCUGAUAUGUUUUGAGAAAUCUUCAACUUUAGAUUUCAAUUUGAAGUCUGCUGUUUUACAAGUUUACUCAUUUUUCAAGAUUUGAGCAAGAUGUCAGUAAAGCAAGUAUAUACGCAUUUGGACAUGUAUUCGUGCAGAAGAUGUUGAGUGAAAUGUAUCACCCUAAUUACAAAACAAACUAAGAAAGAAAACGUCUUGAUAACUUGACAUUUUAACAAACUAUCCCUUUAAUUCUUAUGCUGUUCCUGCUAUCCAAGAAGGCUGCCAUUGAAAUUUUGAUUCAUAGCGAUAAUUCAACACUGGUUGAGUUUCUUAUUCCAACAAGUUGAUGUUGGUGAUGAUGCUUUUUAAAGUUUAUCAUAAAAAAGAUGAAUUAUUAUUAUUAUUAUUAUUGCUAUUAUGUGGGAAUCUGUACAGUAAUUCAGCAUUAUCUCUCUUUACUCAGCCGUCUGUCUUUGGAUGAGCUCAAGUUCUGGACAACAUUUUCACAUGUUUAAGUAUGAAUGUUAUUUAUUGUGAAGAGUCUCUUUGUGAUUUCACAUUUGUAAUGUUAUUAUUUUUUUUUAAGUCACUAAUGUUGGUUGUCUAAUCGUCCACCAUAUUUUUUUUUAUUUUUAUUUCGAUAAAAAAGAUGAAUGCCAUGCUGCUGAUUUGCUAAUAUUGUAGCAGUGGAUAUGCUACUGUAAAAAAAAAAAAAAACAUUAAAAUCUCUAGAAUUAAACUUCUUUCCUUUAAUACGAA